AUGCCCGCCCCUGAGCCCGCUGUCCCGCAGAGCAUGUCGCCGGACGAGGACGCGCAGCGGCUCCUGAUCCAGUUCCGGGACGAGGCGGGGGAGUCCCUGGGCUCCCCCUUCGACGUCCCGGUCACCAUCACCCCGGACAAGCUGCAGCUGGUCUGCAACGCCCUCCUGCAGAAGGAUGAGCCGGUGCCUCUGGCCUUCUUCGUCCACGAUGCCGAGAUCGUGGCGUCGCUGGAGAAGACGCUGGCGGGGCAGGCGGUGGAGACGGAGAAGGUCCUGGACAUCAUCUACCAGCCGCAGGCGGUGUUCAGGGUGCGGGCGGUGACCCGCUGCACCAGCUCCCUGGAGGGGCACACCGAGGCCGUCAUCUCCGUGGCCUUCAGCCCCACGGGAAAGUAUCUGGCGAGCGGCUCUGGAGACACCACGGUCCGCUUCUGGGACCUCAGCACGGAGACGCCGCAGUUCACGGCCAAAGGUCACCGUCACUGGGUGCUCAGCAUCGCCUGGUCGCCCGACGGCAAGAAGCUGGCCUCGGGCUGCAAGAACAGCCAGAUAUUUCUCUGGGACCCAGCCACCGGCAAUCAGAUCGGCCGGGUGCUUGCUGGCCACUCCAAAUGGAUCACGUGUCUGUGCUGGGAACCGCUCCACAUAAACCCAGAGUGCCGCUACCUGGCAAGUGCCUCCAAGGAUGGCAGCAUCCGCAUCUGGGACACGCUGAUGGGCAGGUGUGACAAAAUCCUCACGAGCCACACACAGUCGGUGACGUGUGUGAAGUGGGGGGGGGAUGGCUUGCUCUACUCCUCCUCCCAGGACAGGACCAUCAAAGUCUGGAGGAGCCAGGAUGGGGUCCUCUGCCGCACCUUGCAGGGCCACGCUCACUGGGUGAACACCAUGGCCCUUAGUACCGACUACGUUCUCCGCACUGGUGCCUUCGAACCUGCUGAAGCCACCAUCAACCCACAGGAUGUGAGCGGCUCCUUGGCAGAACUGAAAGACAAGGCACAGCAGAGGUAUGACCAAGUCAGGGGCCAGGAACCAGAAAGGCUCGUCUCGGGGUCAGAUGAUUUCACUCUGUUUCUUUGGAGACCAGCAGAAGACAAGAAGCCACUGGAGAGAAUGACAGGCCACCAGGCAUUGAUUAACCAAGUCCUCUUCUCGCCAGACACCCGGAUAAUAGCCAGUGCUUCCUUUGACAAGUCCAUAAAGCUCUGGGAUGGUAGGACAGGAAAGUACCUGACGUCGCUGAGAGGGCAUGUCUCAGCUGUGUAUCAGAUCGCUUGGUCAGCCGACAGCCGGUUGCUGGUGAGCGGGAGCAGUGACAGCACACUGAAGGUCUGGGAUGCCAAGAUGAAGAAACUGGCCAUUGAUCUUCCUGGCCAUGCAGAUGAGGUGUAUGCAACAGAUUGGAGCCCGGACGGACAGAGGGUAGCGAGCGGAGGGAAGGAUAAGUGUUUGCGGAUAUGGCGUCGAUAAGAGCAGCGACACGAAGCCGCCGGUCCCGUCCUAAGCUGGCCUGCCCUUGGCACAAUCUGCCUGCGAGAUCUGCGAGGUGAUGGACGACGGAGGCUGACCUGAGCACGACUCCUGUUCCUGUUGGCUGCUUUCCCUCAUGGACUCUUUCCUUAUAUUUAUUUAAGGAAAUCUUAAUUCUAGUUCUUAUUAAGAGCUGUGCUUUGCAGGAUUAUUUCCUCUGAACAUGACAGGAGGGAUAUCUCAUCUGCCUCCAUCUCAACUGGCUUUUUAUUGAAAUUUCCCCCUUACGGUAGCCUGCCACCUUGAAAAGGGCAAGCGAAGGGUGGGGACGGCUCAUGUCCUUUUUGCUGUAUGAAGUAUCCUACAGAGAAGAGGCUUUCAGUGGGAACAGAAAGGGUUGUCCUUGUGUGACCUUCAGAGAGGGGAAGAGGAAGGGGAAAAUCCAGUACAUAUUACAUCGCAGAAUUGUGCUCGGUUGCAUGCCUGGGACAAAGAUCUGCUGAGAAUAAGGUCUUGGGGCUUCUUGUUAUUCCAGUAAGGUUUUGCCUUUCCACUCAGCCCAUUUCCCUAUGGGCUGUGCCGAGCAUUAUCUGUUAGCGAUCCUUCACAUCCACAGCAGCUAGUCCCUUUGCUCAUCUGUUCAGGGCGCUACAGGCAUGGACUUCAAACGACUGCUAGAGCUGUGCUGAGUUUUCAGGUCUUGAUGGCUCUUGAAAAUGGGGGAA